GUGGCCAGACUUUGAGAAUUCAGAAUCAUUAAGUCUCAUCUUCAUUCAUACUGCUUCUGUCUGCAACUCCAAAUCAACCAUGGCGGCUUAUGCAACUCUAGUUUCUGCUAUGCAUAUCAUUGAUAACCUUCAGCUUCAUCCUUGCCCUCCUAUUCCUCUCCAUAUUAAACAAGUUGAGUCUCUCACUCAAAAAAUCAGUUUCUUGCUAGAAUUGCUCCAAUCCUAUAAUCCUCAUCGUGUCUACUCCAAUGAAGCGGAUCCCUUAGAGAUUCGCAUUGCAGAUGCAGCUUAUGCAGCCGAAUACGCCAUUGAAUCUCAUAUUUUCGAUGAGGAAUGCUCCAUUGUAUCUCAUAUUUUUGAUGAGGUAAAAAAUGAUGGAGAAAAUAUGAGCUUUGAUGGCUUGUAUAAAGCUCUCGAGAAGGUGAUACAAGACAUGGCUUCUGUCGAAGAGGAGGCCAAGCAAAUUCAAGGGAGAGUUGGAGUCCAACAUCAGCUGCUCAGAAACUCAACUCCUCCUCAUUCCUUGAGAUCUUCUUCGAUUUUGCAGAAGAGAUCUUCUUCGCUUACGCCUCAGAGUAGCAUGGUGGGUGCUGAUGAUGUCAAGCUUCAAAUGAUGGAUAAGCUCACUUCACAUUGCCGUGAUCUACUAAUCAUUCCCGUUGUAGGGAUGGGCGGCUCGGGUCCGACACUUAUAGGUAUUCUUCCGUAUGCUGGCCUGAAGUUUUACGUCUACGAGGAACUCAAGAGGCACGUCCCCGAAGAACACCAGAAGUCGAUUGUAAUGCGGCUAUCCUGUGGAGCCAUAGCCGGUGUACUUGGACAGACUUUGACGUACCCGUUAGAUGUUGUGAGGAGGCAGAUGCAGGUAUUGCACCGUCUCGAGUCACGGUUGGAGACAGUUGUUCGCUGGCCUAAGCAUCAAUUACAUCAAGAUGAAAUGGAAGAUGGAUUCAAGUUCUGA